UUUUGUCUCUACCUUCACUGUCUGCCAGACUGCCACCAUGUCAUUCUCUGGAAAGUACCAGCUUGAGUCUCAGGAGAACUUUGAGCCAUUCAUGAAGGCAAUUGGUCUCCCUGAUGAGCUCAUCCAGAAAGGCAAAGAUAUCAAGAGCAUCUCGGAGAUUGAGGAGACGGGUGACCACUUCAAGGUGACCGUCACAACUGGCACUAAGGUCCUUGUUAACUCUUUCACCAUUGGACAGGAAGCUGAUCUGGAGACUCUCACCGGAGAGAAGAUCAAGUCGGUGGUACAUCGUGACGGCAACAAGCUGAAGGUCUCCCUGAAGGGAAUUGAAUCUGUCACAGAACUGAUAGAUGGACACACAAUUGUUAAUACGAUGACUCUUGGUAACAUUGUUUACAAGAGGACGAGCAAACGACUGUAAAGAUCUGCCCUGGGGAUAAUAAAAAAGUUAAAAGCA